AUGGAGAAGAGAGGUACUGGCGUUACUACUACUAUUAUGCAUGAAUCUGCAGCAUUACUAUGCGGUACAAAUUUGUACGUUAAAAAGCCAAAAGAAGAUGUUGAUGAUGAACUACUUAGGGCGGUUAAUGGUGAUCUCAGCUAUGAUAUCGACUCUGCCCCACUAGUCCCAGCCGGAAUUGAUGAUGAACACGAUGAAGAACCUGAGGAUGAUCUUGUAAAUCAUCCUGAGAUUCCUGGAUGGUUUUCUGAGUAUUGUCCAGUUUGGCCAGGGCAAGCACACUUUUUGAAGGUAGAAAAGAUCUUAUUUCAAGGGAAGUCCCAGUACCAAAGUAUGAUGGUAUUUCAGUCAUCAGCAUAUGGGAAGGUUUUUGUUCUGGAUGGAGCCCUGCAACUCACUGAAAAGGAUGAGUGUGCUUACCAAGAAAUGAUUACACAUCUUCCUCUUUGCUCCAUUCCAAACCCUAAAAAGGUAUUACUCAUUGGAGGAGGAGAUGGCGGAAUUUUAAGGGAAAUUUCUCGACACUCUUCUGUUGAGCAGAUUGAUAUAUGCGAAAUAGACACCAUGUUAGUUGAUAUCUACAAGAAAUUUUUUCCUGAUGUUGCUAUUGGAUACAAGGACCCUCGGGUAACUCUUCAUGUUAAAGAUGGUACUGAAUUUUGUAAGUACGUUCCAGAAGGAACAUAUGAUGCAAUUAUAGUGGACGCAUUUGACCCAAUAAGGCCUGGUCAUGAGCUUCUUGAUGAUGAGACUCCCUUCUUUGAACUGGUGAGAAAAGCUCUCCGCCCUGGAGGAGUCAUGUGCAUCCAAGCAGAAAGCAUAUGGUUUCGCUCCUUCCAGGUUGAUGAACUCGUUGCAAAAUGUCGCCAAAUUUUCGAAGGCUCUGUUGACUAUGCUUGGACAAUUGUUCCAGCAUAUCCAAGUGGGGUGAUUGGUUUCUUGCUUUGCUCCAAGGAGGGGUCAUACGUGAACUUCAGAAAUCCUAUCAACCCGAUUAACCCCAACAAUAGUUACGGAGUAUCAAAAGAGCCCUUGAAAUUUUACAAUUCAGAGAUGCACACUGCUGCAUUCCAGCUCCCCGCAUUCGCAAAGAAGGCCAUCAAGGCUAUUAGCUCCAAAAUCUGACAAACCUAC